AUGCAGUUACCACCCGCGAUGGAGCCUUUAGAAGAGCUAAUCGGGUAUACAUUUAAGAAGAAGUCUCUACUCGUUGAGGCUAUGACUCACGGGUCUUAUGUAGCUGAUGGGCAGCAGCGAUCUUAUGAACAACUCGAGUUUCUUGGGGAUGCGGUUCUUGACUAUAUUAUCGUAACACGGAUGUUCCGAUUCGACCCACCAGUAUCCAAUGGACGCUUGCACAUGAUCAAGACCGCCAUGGCCAACGCCGAGUUUCUUGCUUUUACAAACAUGCAACAUGGAUUGCGACGGCCUGAAAUUGAAUUUAAGGAUGGAGAACCGGUGUCUACCGAAGUCUCACUGCCAAUCUGGAAAUUCAUGCGCCACGGCUCUCCAGAGAUGGGCAGAGUGAUGAAUGAGACACAGGCCCGAUUUGAAAGUCUUCGAGAUGAAAUCAAUGCGGCUAGGACCAAUGGUACACACUACCCCUGGACACUGCUCGCACGUCUUCAUCCCAAGAAAUUCUACUCUGAUCUUUUUGAGGCCAUUCUGGGUGCUAUUUGGGUUGAUUCAGGAAACAUCGAAACAUGCGCAGCCUUCCUUCACAAGUUCGGCAUCUUACCGUAUCUCGACCGAAUUCUCCGCGAGGAUGUUCAUGUUCAACACCCGAAAGAAGAACUCGGAAAACUAGCAGCCGACCAGAAAAUUGUCUAUGACUAUACUCCGGUUGACGGGUCUAUUAAAGAGUACCUCUGCACGGUCAAUGUUGGAGAUCGUGUCGUGGGAGUCGUGUCAGGGGCACUCAAUAAGCUUGAAGCCAUGACCAAGGCUGCCGAAGAGGGCGUAAACCUUUUGAACGCGGAGCAGAGACGUGCAGAACAAGCGGCACAGGAUGAGGCGGCGCGACCCCUUGUUGCCAUGGACCUCUCUUAG